UUCUCAGUCAUGCAUUUGUAUUCAGCACCUUCCAUGCAAAUAGCUCACCAGAGCUGUUUGAAAACAUACUAAUUUAGUGUAAAAAUCCCCUGCAUUUCUCUAGUGCCUUUCACGUAAUCAUCGUGAAGCACUUUACAAAUAUCAAUAGAACAUCCUAUGUAAGAUACUGCAGGUGUUGUUGGUGACACAAGAUAUGUUUAUGUUAACAGGCCUUGUCUAUGAUCUUGAGUGCAGAUUAGUUAUUAUUUGUAUUACCAUAUCACCCAGGAGCCCUAGGCAUGGACCAUGACCCCAUGUUCUAGGUGCUGUACAAACAUGGAAGAAGAAGAUUGUCCCUGCCCCAAAGAGUUUACAGUCUAAGUGUAGGACAAGAAGCAACAGAUGGAUACAGACAGGGCUUAUGUUUACGCAGGUGUCCAUGUAUUUUAAUAUGUAGCAUUUACUUAAUUGGAUCCCUAAAACAGUGUACAAAGUACACUAGUAAAAUAUACCCAUUAUAUUCAGUACUUUUCAUCCCAGGUUCUGCCUUGGUAUGUCUGUGUUGUCCCUCAUCCCUGUAAUCACUAACUAAGCACAGUACGGUGCCCCUGUGAGGCAAGGAUGUAUUGCUCCUGUUUUACAGAGGUGGCAUAGGUUCAUGGGUUCUGUGACUUUCUGGGACCUCCGUGACUUCUGCAGCGGCCAGUGUGGCUGGCCCAGCGGCUUCCUGAGCAGCUCGGGCAGCCCCUGGGCCAGACCGCACUGACUGCUGCUGGGGCAGCCUUGAGCCACAGCGCUCUUCCCACCCCAGCAGCAGCACAAGUUUGGGUGUGGGAGGGAGCUUGGGUUGUGGGAGGAGGCGAGGGCUCUGGGCGGUGCUUACUUUGGGGAGGGGGGCUUCCUGGAAGCAGUGACAUGUCCCUUCCUAGGCAGAAGCGUGGCUAGGGGGCUCUGUGCGCUCCCUCCACCUAUAGGCAUCGCCCCCGCAGCUCCCAUUGGCCAUUGGUUCCCAACUGGGAGCUGUGGAGUGGGCGCUUGGGGUGGGGGCAGUGCACGGAGCCCAUCUGGUCACACCUCCACCUAGGGGCCUCAGGGACAUGCUGGCUGCUUCUGGGAACCACACAGAGCCAGGUAGGGAGCCUGCCAGCCCAACCAGCUCCCCCAGCACCAGCGGGGUCUCAGGCUACGUGCUGCCCCUUUUCUCCCUCCCCUGUCAGAGCACUUGCGGCACCCCCUUCUGCCCCCUGAGCACCUGCAGCACCCCGGGCUGCCCCAGAGCACCCAAGUUUUAGUCAGGGGUAUAUAGUAAAAGUCAUGGACAGGUCAUGUAUUGUUGUUUACUGCCCGUGACCUGUCCAUGACUUUUACUAAAAAUACCCGUGACUAAAACGUAGCCUUAAUUAUAAUUUAUUUACAAAAAAAAAUAAUUCUCCUUUAAUAAAACAAACCCAAGGUUAAGUGUAGUAGUGAACAGCUAAAUGAUCCACUCACUUUCCCAUUACCAUAUAAUCUUUCAUUGCUCAUUGUUGUCCUAGCUCAUCUAUGCUGUUUUGUAUUUAUUAGCAUUUAAACAUUGCCAAAGUGUUAGACGCACACUACCUAAUUUGCCUUUGCAAUAACUCUUUUGAAGUAGUCAUUAUCCUAACUUUACAGAUACGGAUUUUUUAUAAUCCUAGGGCUGGAACCUGCAUUCCUCGCUCCCAAAACUUCCACUGAAGGCACAAAGAUUUAUGAGUUUUGAGCAUAGCAGAGAGAUGAUUUCUUGACCAAAACCACACAGCAAGCCAGAGCAGAGACAGGAUUCAAAUUCAGGAGCUGUAUUGCAUCAUCCAUUUUUCGCAGAACUCUUAUAGAUUCCAGUGCUUAAAAACACACUGGGAAUAUGGCCCCUUGAAUGCAUAGAUCCUGGCCCCAUGAUCAGUCUACUAUUCCAGUCUUUUCAGACUUUUUCUGCUUGAGCCCCCCAGUUCAUCCAUGAUUUCUUGCUUUGAUCCUAAUACUUGGUUACUACACAGUGGGAGGAAAGAGAAGCUGCUGCAGCAGAGGGACAGCUGGAAGAGAAGGGAACAGAGAAGAGUUUAUCCUUCCUCUCACAAAGUCUUAUUUCCCCUGGGUCCUAGUGGCUGCUGGGUUUUAGUAACUUUUACCACUAUUCUGGCAGCCCUCCCAAGACUUGUUGCAAAUUUGGAUCUCUCAGUACAGCAAUGGAUUGUGCUGCUCUUGGCACUUUGGAUCAGUAUUACAUUAGUCUGUUAAUGAUACAGUACCUUUACUAAUGAGUUUUUAAAAAACAGCUCUGCUUUUCAUCUCUACCACCCCAGCAAAAAGAAAAAGGCCCUCUCCCCACCCCCAAAACAACAACAACUUGGUUUGAAGGAGGAACUACUCUGGUGUUUAAAGAAACGGUUGCACAUUGCAGGUCACUUAGUUGUCUGCCUGAUAGCGCUAAGAUUCCACUUGUAAGCACAUAAAACCCGGAGUGUAAAGAUUCAAGGCACUUUCGUUUGUGAUUAAUGCUGAGGCGAAUGAUAGAUUUGCAGUGGAAUGAUCAGCCUCAGUCACAUGAAAAUACUCACAUGAUGUGUGGGUAUCAAAGUCAUGCUGUGUGCAUAUUCUAUCUGGUUCUCCGAGCUCUGGACACAGUAGAAGAUGAUAUGACCAUCAACUUAGAAACCAAGGUCCCAAUGUUGCAUGACUUCCACUCCUAUCUGUAUCAGCCGGACUGGAGAUACAUGGAGAGCAAAGAGAAGGACAAGCAGGUGCUUGAGGACUUCACAACGAUCUCCUUGGAGUUCAGAAACCUGGCAGAGGUGUAUCGAGAUGUGAUUGCAGAUAUUUGUCACAAGAUGGGAGCCGGAAUGGCAGAGUUCUUGGAAAAGAAGGUUGACACCCAGCAUGAGUGGGAUAAGUAUUGUCACUAUGUUGCUGGGCUGGUGGGGAUUGGCCUUUCCCGUCUGUUCUCUGCAUCAGAGCUAGAAGACCCUGUCGUAGGACAGGACACAGAGCUUGCAAAUUCCAUGGGCCUCUUUCUUCAGAAAACCAACAUCAUUCGUGAUUAUCUGGAGGACCAGCUGGAGGGAAGAGAAUUCUGGCCCAGAGAGGUUUGGAGCAGGUAUGCCAAGAAGCUGUCGGAUCUCGCCAAGCCAGAGCACAUUGACAUGGCUGUCCAGUGUAUGAAUGAACUGAUCACAAAUGCAUUGCACCAUGUCCCUGAUGUUCUCACCUACUUAUCUAGACUGAAAAACCAAAGUGUCUUCAACUUCUGUGCGAUUCCACAGGUGAUGGCCAUCGCCACUCUGGCGGCCUGUUACAAUAACAAACAGGUGUUUAGGGGGGUGGUGAAGAUUCGGAAAGGACAAGCUGUCACUUUAAUGAUGGAUGCCACGAACAUACAAGCUGUCAAGGCUAUAAUGUACCAGUAUGUGGAAGAGAUCUAUCAGAAGGUCCCAAGCACAGACCCUUCUUCUAACAAGACCCAGCAGAUCAUCGUCUCAAUCCGGACAAUGAGUUUGCCCAAUGGCGUCGAGGUAUCCCGUAACCAUUACUCCCCCAUAUACCUCUCGUGCGCCAUGCUUCUGGCAGCGCUGAGCUGGCAGUAUCUGAGUGCGAUGUCGAAGGCAUCAGAGGAGUAUGUACAAGCCAGCGAGAACUGAGGGUUGGUGGGGAGAGCGAAGGUCGGUGGAUGGAUAAGGUUGGGAGCAGGUUCUUGUCUCUUGCCUGUUGGAUCUGCUGCCCUGCUGGAUGCCAGACUGUUGUGGACCCUUAAAGCUGUGAAUGGAAUGGCAAAUCCGAAGGUGUUGGUUGGCCUGCAGUAUUGUGUGUUGCAGCCACUAGCUAGCAGCUGGAUUUGGCUGUUUUCACUGUUUGGAUGAACAGGUUACAAGUAAGACUGGUUGCGUCUCACUUUUCCUCUUUGUGGGAGACUGUUUUACCUGAAUUCUGGCCAGGAUAUUUUUUAAUUGCCUCUGUCACUUGUGAUUUUGACACCUCCCUCCAGUAAAAAGUUGCAUGACGUGAGCCUUUGUGUUCUCCCUCCUCUGCCCUGGGUGUGUUCUUACCUAAGUACCUUCAUUGCUCGGCAACUGAAUGUUUCCAGCAAGUCAGCUAUCUUGGAAGCCACCAUUCCCUCAGAUGGAUGAAAUCUUCAACUCACUGGGACAACGUCUGACUGUUUUCUGACCGUUUCUCUAAAUAGCUGAGGAUCUUACAGGACAGAGAUGAGUGCAUAAGUUCUGGGCCUCCCCAUCCUUGUACUAAAGAAUUGUGAAGAGAUACUAGCCUUAAAUAUUAGAGCUAUUGCGAUAACUUGGAUGUAGCUUUCUGGUGAGAUUGUUUUGUACAGUUUAAAGAGCUCAGAGGCUGAAAGCAGCUCUGUCUUCCGAAAGCUGAGUAGAUGGCAGUACCUGCAAAGCUUAUUUCUCCGCAAAAGGUGUGGGGGCAGGCUGGAGGGCUCAGAGGUGGGUAAUGACUGCUAAGUCUGGUAAGAUACAGCUGUACUGCUUGUGAGUAACACGCCAUCCAGUGGGUGUCUUGGGAUAUAAAAGGUAGCUCCUGAUCCAUCCCUUGGGGAUGGUUUUCAUCAAACCAUGCAGUGAGGAUCCCCUUCCUGGGCAAAGGAGGUGCACUGUAGUAAGGGAAUAGUAAGGGAACAGCUGUAGCAGUGAGCGUGGGAGACGGAAAAGCUGCCAGCUGAGCUGCAGGGGAGCCAAGGAGGCAGGUCUUGAGUCAGCAAACCUUCCUGACCUGGCGAGAAGAAGGGGAAUGUUGGAGUCUUUCUCCCCUCGUCCCUCUCCUGUCUUUGUGCCCCACCCAGGCUGACAGUAUGGCCUAGAGAAGCACAGGUACCUCUUUGGACUGGUCACUAAUUGGCUCUGGAAGGAGGGUGGUUGCAUAGCUGCUGCUCAUGCAUUCAAACUCCCUUUGGAAACAGGACUCUCUAAUCACGUACCAUUAUUUUCUGUGGCUUGAGCAGUGUUCCUUUCACCCGUGCCCUCUUGAGGGUGCGGGGGUACAGCCUGCUCUGCCUUCCCUGCGGGACUAUCAGCAAUAAAGAUGCACACAGUGCUGGUUUUGACACCUUCUGGCUGUUCAGAUGAAGUAGUCCACAGUGUGAGUAUUGUUAUCUGCUAGUUGUCCAUUGCUUCCAGCUCCUGUAAAACUCAAAGUGUCUGUGCUGGAGACAAGAAUGGAAAUGCUUCAGCUUAAGACUUACGGGCGGAGUUCCAGGGACAGCAGCUCUGAAGUAGCCUUGUCCUGCUGAUUUCAGCAGGUGGCAGUCUUCAUAGAUCUGUCUUGAAGAACAACCUUCAUGAAGGAAGCAGACACUUCUCUCUGGACUCAAGAAAACUCUCCCACCAGCUCUGAAAUCUGCAGUCAUCGUAGGAAGAGCCUUUAAAAGUUGAAGUAGUAGGGCUGGCACCAGGAAGUCUGCUUAAAAGCUGUUGGGUUAGCUGUGUUCACUUUCUGUUCAGCGGGGAUGGGUGUCUGCAAUACUCUUAACCCUCUUUCCCCCCUCGGUCUUUAAGCUAGCACAGCUCAUGUUUUAAAGCAGUGUCUUUGAAUAGAGGUGAGUAUGUUUGAGGAUGGGUGCUUGCUGCUGCUCUAACUCACCCCCCCCCCCCCCGUUACAUUGUGUACUACUGUGCUGUCCUUGCUGUGAGCAACUCCCCAGCUUUUCAUGACCAUCUAGUGGAGCAUGGCCCUGGAGCUGUUAUCAGUGCUGUUACAGGAAGCAACUCUCUCCCUGUUAAACCUUCUGUUCCCCAAGCAAGCUCCAUGUGGCUGCUUUUAAACAGCAGCCGCAUCUGGUGUUGUAGAUGUGCGCCUAUGGUGGGAAAGGUGACUUAGUCUAGUCACUUGAUGUUUAGGAGUUGGGAUCUCUGCUGGGAAAUGUCUUGUGGUUGGGUGUAAGACCACUACAGCACUAUUACAUGGCAAGCUCUACUCCCCAGUUAUCUGUGUACAUACUUAGCCUAAUUAAAUGGUGAUGCAAAUAUUGUUUUGCUCUUUAUGUAGAGAGGUCUGGGCUUCAGUUCUCAGCUUCCCUUAACAAUAAAUUUCUUUGCCUAGAA